AUGUCAUUCUCAUUCUUGCGACUGGCUACUCGCUCAGCUUCUUCCCCCAUCGGCAGAUGCUCGACCUCUCCUCGGCUCGUACGCACCUUCUUGUCUACCUCUAGCAAAUGGCAUAGCUCUUCCGGCUCACCGGGCCUCCUCCCACCUCACCUUUUGACACUCGCCGACCUCUCCACCUCGCAAAUACAAGCUCUCCUCAACAAUGCCGCCAAUUUCAAGGCUUCACUUACAGCGCACAACCACGACCUCGUAAUGGGCGCUGUCGCUUUUGACGACGGGUCUGAGCUGGAGCAGACGCUCAAGAACAAGACGGUAGCGCUCCUCUUCACAAAGAGAAGUACUCGAACGAGGGUGGCGAGCGAGACUUCUGCUGUGGCUCUGGGAGGUCAUCCGAUGUUCCUUGGUCCGAGCGAUAUACAAUUGGGAGUCAACGAGAGCCUGUACGACACUGCCAAGGUUGUGGGAAGCAUGGUCGAUGGAAUCAUGGCUCGAGUUGACGGUCAUGAGGAGGUCGAGUUGCUGGCGCAACACGCAGGCGUUCCCGUCAUCAAUGCGCUUUCUGAUCUAUAUCAUCCCACUCAGAUCCUGGCCGACCUUCUGACCAUGGUUGAAGCAUUCCCAACGAACACAUCAUCGUCCAAGAGCCCAGCAUGCCUCUCUUCUCUGGCCGGCCUGAAGGUAGCUUGGGUAGGAGACUCGAACAAUAUCCUCAACGACAUGCUGGUUGCUCUUCCGCGUUUGGGCAUCCACCUCUCAGUUGCCACGCCCAAGGGCUACGAUAGAAACGAGAGAGUAUGGGGAACAAUGCAGGACGGGAUUGAGGAGGAAAGGAAGAAGGGAGGCUCGGUCACUGUCGCUGGAGUAGACUGGUCGAACGACCCGAAGGAGGCCGUGAGGGACGCGGAUAUCAUCGUGACGGACACAUGGAUCUCCAUGGGGGAAGAAUCAUCGAAAGAGCAGCGUCUGCGAGAUUUCUCUGGUUUCCAAGUGACAGAGGCUCUGGGAAGGGAAGGAGGAGCCAAGACAGACUGGAAAUUCAUGCAUUGCCUUCCGCGGAAGAGCCAGGAGGUAGACGAUGAGGUCUUCUAUGGCAAGCGGUCGAUUGUCUUCCCUGAAGCAGAGAAUAGGAAGUGGACCAUCAUGUCCGUCUUUGAGUGGGUAUUUCGUGUUGCUACGAGGGCGCAACAUGAGCAGAGAAAUGAGCGGGUAUGGGAGGAACGACCACUGACGCAUUCUCGCUUUCUGAUUGCAGUGCAUACAUGGGACGUUGGACGAUCUGAAGCAUCUUCAAGCGUGUGCAUCAACGUGGUAUCAUCUGUGAGCGGAGAUGGGCGGUCUGCUGACUCGUACAAAUACAAUCUACCUAAACUCGUCGAUCUAGCCUAG